AUGUUCCCCCUCACGCGCCUCUCGCCCCAAAAAAACUCCCUCUUCACGCGCCACCUCUCGUCAUCCACCGCCUCUUCAAAACUGCACGAUAUCUAUUGCUUCAAACCCCCACCUUCCCUCUCCCCUGAGAGCACCCAAAACCCCAACGACAACUACCACAACAACAACAAAAAGAAGCAAAAACCUCCAUAUCGUCCCCCUUCUUCUCUUGAUCAAACCAGCAAGAAGCCCUUACGCUCCGAUUUACCAUUCGAUUUCCGUUUUAGUUACACAGAGAGUAGCCCAAAUGUGAGGCCCAUUGGGCUUAGAGAGCCCAAGUACUCACCGUUUGGGCCUGGCCGGUUGGACCGGACUUGGACCGGAGUUUGUGCACCAGCGGUUGACCCGAAGGUGAAGUCGGUUGAUGAUGGGGCGGGUGAGGAGGGUCUGGAUUUGGAAGAGAAAAGGAGGGUUAUAAGAGAAAGGUUUCAAGGGAAGCCAUUAACUAAUGCAGAGAGGAAGAUUUUGGUGGACAAAUGUCAGAGAAAUAAAACUAAGAGGCAAAUUAAUUUGGGCAGAGAUGGUUUAACUCACAACAUGCUUAAUGAUAUUCAUAAUCACUGGAAACGUGAUGAAGCAGUUAGAGUUAAGUGCAUGGGUGUUUCAACUGUUGACAUGAAAAACGUCUGCACCCAGCUUGAGGAUAAAACUUUUGGGAAGAUCAUUCAGAGACACUGUGGUCUACUUGUGUUGUAUAGAGGCAGGAACUAUCAUCCCAAGAACAGGCCCGUGAUUCCAUUAAUGCUGUGGAAACCUCACGAGCCUGUAUAUCCCAAGCUGAUCAAAACCACAAUCGAUGGCCUAAGCAUUGAGGAGACAAAGGAAAUGAGAAAGAGAGGACUUGCUGUUCCUGCUUUAACAAAACUUUCCAGAAAUGGUUACUAUGGUAGUCUGGUGCCCAUGGUCAGAGAUGCUUUUCUCAUCAGUGAGCUUGUUCGAAUAGACUGCCAGGGCCUUGACAGGAGUGAUCACAAGAAAAUAGGCUGCAAACUUAGGGACCUGGUUCCUUGUAUCCUUGUAACAUUUGACAAGGAGCAGAUUGUGGUAUGGAGGGGAAAGGAGUAUAAGCCUCCAGACGAUGAAGAUGAACAAUUCUUUGCUGAUCGACAAUCUUUUGAUGAUUGA